AUGUUAACGAUACAAUAUUCAAGUUUAAAUUUUUUAUUAAUAUUUCUGCCUUUGGGAUUUUUAGCAAAAAGUUUUAACUUGAGUGAUACCUACAUAUUCACAUUUAAUUUCUUGGCAAUUAUCCCCUUAUCAAAAUUGUUAGGGUUUGCAACUGAAGAUAUUUCUCUUAGAGUAGGGCAAACAUUAGGUGGUCUGUUGAAUGCAACAUUUGGUAAUGCUGUGGAAUUAAUAAUAUCACUUGUUGCCUUGAUGAAAGGUGAAAUUAGAGUUGUCCAGUCAAGUAUGCUGGGAUCAAUAAUCUCCAAUUUAUUAUUGGUGCUGGGAAUGUGUUUUGUUGCUGGUGGAUUUUAUCAUGAUGAACAAGAAUUUAAUCAGACAGCAGCUCAAACAAGUUCAAGCUUAAUGGCUUUGGCAUGUGCUGGGUUGAUAAUCCCAGCAGCAUUUAAUUUUGCCAUUGGAAGUGUUACUGAUAAUGCUACUACUAAUGUGGCUUUUCUCCAAGAAGAAACAAUAAAUUUAUCCCGUGGUGCAUCAAUUGUAUUAUUAAUUAUUUAUGUGUUAUAUUUAUAUUUCCAGUUAAAAACACAUUCAAGAUUUUAUCUUGAAACAGAAGAUGAAAUAGAAGAACCAGAAUUUUCACUUUGUUAUUCAUUAUUUUUACUUGCAUUCAUUACACUCCUUAUUUCAUUCUCUGCUGAUUUGUUGGUUGGAUCAAUUGAAGGAAUUGUUGAACGAUUGUCACAUAUGACAGUUUUGGACACUCGCUAA